UUUUACUUUUUAUUUUAUUAUUAUGUUUAUUUCUAAACCAUCUCUAUCGGAGCUUUCUGUCUUUUUAGGGUUCGAAAUUAGAUUCGAUCGUAUCGCAACUCCUCUCGGUUUCCUCACCCACCAUUUAAUCUCAUUUCAUUCUGUUUUUCUCCCCUUAAUUUACUUAUAUUCGAUUUUGGCUUCCUUAGGGUUUCGAAUUCGAUUACAGUUCUACUCGCAUUUUCAGUCAUUCUUCCCAAAUUCCAACAUUUUUUUAGGGUUAGGGUUUUGACCGAUGAUUUUCAUUAACUUGGCAAGGGCAUGAAUUUUUUUUGACAGGCAAUUUGAUUUGACAGGCAAUAAGUAAAGCUUUGAUGUUGAAGAAUUUUUUUUUCCUUGGUGGGUGGUGAGUUUUUGGGAAUUUAUUGAGGCAAAUAUUUUCUGCAAACAUGGAUGCUGCACGGGAUGUUGUUGGCGUUCCAGGCCCAGUGCUUAUUCCAAUGCGGUUCGUGUGGCCCUAUGGGGGUAGGAGUGUUUUUCUCAGUGGUUCUUUCACACGGUGGUCUGAGCUUGUUCCUAUGACACCAGUGGAGGGUUGCCCCACCGUUUUCCAGGCUAUAUACAGCCUAUUGCCUGGAUACCACCAGUAUAAGUUUUUUGUUGAUGGAGAAUGGCGACAUGAUGAGCACCAACCUUAUGUGAGUGGCGAGUAUGGCGUAGUGAACACUAUUCUGUUGGCUACAGACCCUAGUUAUCUAUCUAAUCCAGUAAAUAUUCCUGGACCUAAUAUGGAUGUGGAUACUGAAGCCUUCCAGAAUUUGGUUCGAAUUACAGAUGGUGCCUUGACUGAAGCAGUGCCAAGGAUAUCAGAGGCUGAUUUGCAGGGCUCCCGUCACCGUAUUUCACUAUUUUUGUCUUCACGCACUGUGUACGAGCUACUACCCGAGUCAGGCAAGGUUGUUGCCUUGGAUGUUAAUUUGCCUGUGAAGCAAGCAUUUCAUAUAUUGUAUGAGCAGGGAAUCCCUCUAGCGCCACUUUGGGACUUCACGAGGGGACAGUUUGUUGGUGUUCUUAGCGCAUUGGAUUUUAUAUUAAUUUUAAGAGAGCUUGGGAAUCAUGGUUCUAAUCUGACGGAAGAAGAGCUUGAAACACAUACAAUAUCUGCUUGGAAAGAGGGAAAAGCGUAUCUGAAUGGACAAGUUGACGAGCAUGGGAGAGCAUCGCCAAGACUUCUUGUCCAUGGUGGACCUUAUGAUAAUUUGAAAGAUGUUGCUCUGAAAAUUUUACACAAUGAGGUCGCUACUGUUCCAAUUAUCAAUUCCUCGGCUGAAGACGGUUCUUUUCCACAACUGUUACAUCUUGCUUCACUUUCUGGAAUACUAAAAUGUAUUUGCAGGUAUUUUAAGCAUUGUUCUAAUUCAUUGCCCAUACUCCAACUACCGAUUGGUGCAAUUCGUGUUGGUACUUGGGUUCCCCAAAUUGGAGAAUCAAACCGACGGCCAUUAGCUAUGUUGAGACCAAGUGCUCCUCUUAGUUCAGCACUAAAUUUGUUAGUUGAAGCUCAAGUAAGUUCAAUACCUAUAGUUGAUGACAAUGACUCUUUGCUGGAUAUAUAUUGUCGGAGUGACAUUACAGCUUUGGCUAAAGAUAGAGCUUACACACAUAUUAAUCUCAAUGAAAUGACUAUUCAUCAGGCACUGCAGUUGGGACAAGAUGCAUACACUCCUUAUGAACCUAGAAGUCAGAGAUGUCAGAUGUGCUUGCGUUCUGAUUCACUGCAUAAAGUGAUGGAGCGAUUGGCAAGUCCAGGUGUUAGGCGGCUUGUUAUUGUGGAGGCUGGAAGUAAGCGAGUUGAAGGCAUAGUUUCAUUGAGUGACAUUUUCAGGUUCUUGCUUGCUUAGUGACGCAAUGGCUGGAAAUCAUAAAGGGGUUAAUGCUGUUGCUGUGGUUUUGGGCUCCAACCUUGGUUUCUGCUAAUUAUUCAUUCAUGAUCCUACCCAACUGCUCAUUAGAGAAUCCAGUGCUUCGGUCGGUGACUUUGAUCUCAUUUCUCAUUGAAUAUACAAUUGGAUUGGCCUCUUUGCUUCGCCUCCUGGUUUUUUAGGAUAUCAGGCAAAAGGAAAAGAGGCCUGUAAAUUUGAGAGGAUUUCAUUCCCUCCAGAAAUUUGUUGGUCUUCUUCCCUCGCUUCCCCGUAUUUUUAUUGACCUCAUUUGUGCUGGCUGAUGUAGAUGGAAAUGUUACCGGCUAGCCAGGGACCUGUAUUAGUUCUUUGUCACUAUGAAGGCCAAAAAAGAAAAAAAGAAAAAAAAGGAUGUGCUAAAAUUGUUUGGGGGAGGAAGAACAUUGAACCAUUGAAAUUAUUGUGUUAUGCUCACUUGUUAACCUGUAAUUGGCUUUUGGUUAUAUUUCACUUUUCUUGCAGUUCA